AUGGACCGUGCACGUGCAUUUAGAAGAGUGUGUGAGGCUCAUGGGAUACCACUGGAAGCGUCGAUUGUCCGUAACACGAAGUUUUCAACGGAUGGACACCUCGUGCUCAGAGAUCAUCCUCCGCUCAUCACAGAAGCCAGAAACUUGUGGACAAAUCACGCCGGACCUGCAGAGCUGCAAGUUUUUGGAUACUAUCUAGAAUUCAUCAAGGGAAGAAAGGACAUAGGAAGAGCGCCUUGCUUUCUCGUUUAUUAUGUCGGUACUGAUAUCGGGUUUGGCGGCGCCGUCGUAGGCAUGAAAGUUCAAUUCGAACGACUUACGCCGACGUUGAGUUUCGAGGCGAAUUACCGCGACCGUAGAAGACUCGAGCCGAUUGCACGUUCCCUGUACGCACUCCGACAAGGCGUCGAAUCGCUGCAGACCAUCUACGCACCCACCGAAGACCGACGUUCAUCUGAAGAAGCGACGUAUCCAUACCGCAACUUCUAUAUGGACGGUGAGCGCCGGGUCACGUUUGAGUAUCGCCGUCGUCUCUUUCCCGAAAAGCUGCUCUUCGAAUGCAUACAAAAGGAGGAGCGGACUGCACUCUGCGUCAAGUUUACACUAAAGUAUUCGCCAGAGGCACACAAAGCAUGUGGCGAUCAUGGAGUCGCGCCAAAACUAUACAGUGCGGAAAGGCUUCCGGGGGGCUGGUGGAUGGUCGUGAUGGAGUAUCUUUCCGAGGACGAGUACAGUACACGGAGCUCUGUCAAAGUCGACGUCAUCAAAUUCAAGGGGGCCAUCAAGGACGCUGUCGAUGUUUUGCAUGUCAACGGAUUUGUUCAUGGGGAUAUCCGGGCUUGCAAUAUCAUGGUUUGUCGCUGGUGGGACGAUGAUAUCGGAAUGAAGAAUGUCAAGCUAAUCGACUUUGACUGGGCUGGGCGAGUCGGGGAAGCCAGGUAUCCGGCAAACGUGAACUACACGGAGAUUAUGCGACCAGAAGAUGCGAAGGAUGGGUUGGUGAUCAAGAAAGAGCACGACCUGGAGAUGCUCGAAAAGGCAGUGAGUGAUACCGAGGCUACGGGACGCCAUUACUAG